GACUACUUGACUACUUGACUACUUUACUUCUUCUUCUUCCGCUGAUAAACCUUUCCUGAUCCUCUCGCCUCUUUUUUUCUCCCCGAGCUAAGAUAGAGAGAAAUCCAAACCAGUUACGCUAAUAUCAGCCAAUCUACUCUUAACUUCACCUCCAUCCUUCUUCUCGUUCUUCUUCACCACACACGACCCUCGAGCAAUAAUUCCCCCCCACCAUCCACCAUUCACCUCACCUUGUCUUGUACCCCGCCGACCGCAUCCAUCUUCUUUCCAACAACAACUUAAAAAUUUCCAAUCAUAUCUCCCGUCCAUUUUGCUGAUCUUCAUUCCCAUCCAAAAACAUUUCGGGCAUGGAUACAAUGUUGGGCAACGGAGCGCCACAACCGCCGCAGCCGCAACAUAUGCGAAAUGGAAGCAGCUCCAACAAUCAAUAUCCUCGUCAUAUGAGCACAGGUAGCUUAAAUAUUCCAAAUGGUCAAUCGGGUCCUAUCAAUGGUGGUUCUGCUCGAGCGGAUGGCGUUGCAAGAAGUCCUCCGACGAGACAAAAUACCGGCCAUGUUCCGUGUAAAUUCUUUAGACAAGGUACUUGUCAAGCUGGGCAAGCUUGUCCUUUUAGUCACGAUCUAGCUAGCACAACGGAUAACGUCUGCAAAUAUUUCUCAAAGGGCAACUGCAAGUUCGGACCUAAAUGCGCAAACAUCCACGUUCUCCCCGAUGGAAGACGAAUCAAUUACAAUAAGAAUAUGCCUCCGAUGGCUCCGGGACUCAAUAUUGGAGGUCGAAUAAACCCAGAUCCAUAUCAUGGACAAGGCUCGGCCUUGACCACUUCCUUUGCUCGAGCUCAAGGUGUACCACCUUCACCAUAUGGUCAACCUUACUCCCCUUUCGCAAUACAAGAGGAUGGAUUUGUUCCCAUGAUCGGCAGACAACAAGGUAUUGAUAUCGGCAUCCCCACGAUCGAAGCGAGUUAUGCGUCGCAUCCCGGAUCAAACUAUGGAUCGCCCCGAGAUGAUAUAAUGGAUCGAUUUGGUGGAGGACUUUCGCCAGUUGCCGCGAAGGGGUUGAGUGUGUUGGAUGCUCCUUUGCCAGCUUCGUUUGAUAGCAAUGGUGUUUCGUGGAUUGCAAGACAUGGAAAAAUAGCGUCCUCAGUUCCUACGACCUUCGGCAUCGAUUCCCCUCCACCGUCAUCAGUCGGCGGGGGAAAGCCAUCGGAUGCCUUGAGAAACCUACACAGCUCUGCAUUCGGAGAUGAUACCAGAGAUCGAUUCCAUGGGGUUGCAUCAUCUCCACCAUCCGAAGAAUACUUUGGCAAGCGCACCAUGCAUUCUCAACGAUCGACCAAACCCAAGAUGAUAUCAGCAAGUCUUCCCAAGGGACGCGAGGAGCAAGAUUGGGGUGAGGCUUUUAACUUUGAAGAAGAUUUGCUACCAGAAUCUCUUAAUGAUCUUAUGACACCAGCAGAGAAAGCUCGAAGAAAUUCUCGGGCCGCGUAUGACGAAUCCAAGCCAUCUCGAGGAUUCUACGAUGAGAUAAGAUCUACAUCUUACACCCCAAGCAAUGAUACCCCGACAAAAUUUGGCUCUCCAUCAAAUGGAAGUCCUUCUCGGUGGAAUGCUUACUUUCAAUCAAAACCCAAGGAAGAAGAGAUUUCUCGGGCGUCAGUAUUUGGACAUGUUGGCUCUCCUCUUCGUAACUCCCUUCUUCAUGAAGGGGCAAGUCCUGGCUCUAGAGCAAUCGCUCGACCUAACACAUCUGGUGAUGCAUCUUCAUAUAUCGCGUCUCCUCCUCGCCAUAACCCUCUUUCUAUGAUUUCUCAGCAACUUCAAAGAACUCGUCUUUCCGGAACUGAACCUAUUGGUAGCGGAUCCAGCCUUCUUUCAUCAUCUGCGCGUACUACAACUACUCCCACAAGUUCAACACGAUCGGCUUUUGCAGCUGAUAGACAAACUAGCUCAAGUAGUAUUGGCGGCAGUGGCAGAUUUACAACACCUAUCGACGAGGAGCAGGGUGAUUUUGUCUUUAACAUGGAAGGUAUGGAUGAUGACGAAAGAAGUCAGAAGAAAAGCAGUCCUUGGAAUAUUACAGGAAGUGACAAAAGCUCAAAUCUAGCCGCUAUUGGUGGUGGUCGUACCAUUCCAACAAGCAAGACUAACGGCAGUGGUAUUGAUGGAAUGUUUGGCGGACAAUGAUUUUGACCGUCAAUUUUUGGGUUGAAUUCGCCAUGUCGCUUAACUAUUGGAUCUUCCGGACUUCUUGAUACAUAAAUCGAAUUGCGAUCUUCACUUCUCUUGUACCCUUGGUUAUUCGAUUCACAUCUACACACCAGCGCUCAACAUCCGAUUUACUUGCACACAUAUCUCCGAACAUAUUACGAUUGUAUCAUAGAGAGUUUGACCUUGGGGUUUCUUAUAAUGCAACUGGAGUUGAUUUCAAAGUUCAUUCGCUCUCUCUGCGAUUCUGCAUAAUGGGUAACGACGGAAAUUUGGGAAACAUGGGGGCUUGCUUUGCGUUUUACUUCAUUUGGGCAGCGGGGAGUUCUUUUACGAGGUAAUAUGAUCAUAGUAAGAGGCAAAAGAUCAUUGCAAAUACUGCAUACAUACUAGAAUGGUUUUGAAUGAUAGGAAGAAAGAAUGGCAAUGAGAGAUUGUAGAUUAUGAUGUGAUGAGUGUUCUGAUUGUGAGUGAGUGCUUGUGAGUGAUUCAUUGAUGCUGAUUGGCUUGUAUUCACGAGUAAACAAAAUAAACCAGAUAUGCAACA